GUUCCGGGGCCUCAGGCUCCCCACGGGCUCAGCGCCGAGGCAGCCGCAAGUGCAGGUUGACCAAUAUGCCCAUCGUGGUCCAAGAUGUCAUGCAAUUGCUCUGCUCCAUCUCCGAAGAGAAGAAAAUGCAGGCUGCUGUGAAGCAUUCUGGGAAGGGUGCCCUGGUCACGGGGGCUGUGGCCUUUGUCGGUGGCUUGGUUGGUGGCCCUCCAGGAUUAGCUGUUGGGGGCGCCGUCGGGGGUCUGCUAGGAGCCUGGAUGACAAGUGGCCAGUUUAAGCCGGUCCCACAGAUCUUGAUGGAGCUGCCGCCCUUGGAGCAGCAGAGGCUGUUUGCGGAGGUCUCGGCCAUUGUGCAGGGUCUGGACUGGGCAGACGCGGUGCAGCUCACAGCCCUGGUCCUGGGCAGCGAGGCGCUCCAGCAGCAGCUGCUGGCGCUGGUGGUCAACUACGUCAGCAAGGAGCUGCGGGCUGAGAUUCGCUAUGACGACUAGACACCUGCGGGAAGCAGGGCAUUGCUCAGCUGCGGGUGCAACCUGGGUGCUGAGAUCGAGUCCUGUGGCCACUGGAGGCCAGCUGGGGUUUGUGUUGCAGUGGGUUUGGGGCACAACCCACUCGUGGUUGUUCUUGGGGGCAGGAAGGAUUGUCCAGUUCUGUGUCGGGCUGCCCAGUCUGCUUCUCCCCCGGGACCUUCCCCACCCUGUUCUUGCAGUGUGUGUUGAUUCCCUCCAGAAACUCAAAACCUAGCUGGGUGUUGUGCUCACACCUGUCAUCCCAGCCACUCAGGAGGCUGAGAUCUGGAAGAUCACUGUGGAGUCCGUAGAUCCUAA